CGUGAGGCGCAAUUAUGCAUCGUUCCCUGCUGUUGCCGGAUGUCUUCAAAAGGAUCCUAGACUACCUAGAGAUUCUACCCUCAGGCGACUUCUACUCAGGAUACGACCAGGAAAAAGAUCAGAAUGCGUCGAUAGCACGUCUUGCGAGGACUUGCAGGGCGUUCCUUGAGCCAUCUUUGGACGUAUUGUGGAAGCAUCAACUCACGCUCUGUCCCCUCCUCAAGACGCUUCCUGCAGACGCUUGGGAGGAGAUAGUGGAACAUAUAGUGUCAAGUAAUCCCCGGCGCGGCUUCGCUAUCUAUCUGCUUAGGCCGCUCAUAGAGUCGGAUUUCUCCAGAGUCGACUUCUAUGCCUCGCGUAUCAAGGCCCUUGGAUACUACGCCAACGAAUUCGCGGACGAAGAAUGGCUUUCCUGGUGUACACCAAACUAUUCCUCACCGGAACGCGAACCGAGACCAAUAGUGAUAUCCCAAUUAUGUCUUUACCGCCGUGGCCGAUGGCUUCUUCCUAAUCUCACCCACCUCCGAUGGAAUAUCUACAACACUUCUUACACCGAGUAUGCCCCGAUGUUCCUGGGGCCAAACUUGAGAUGUCUGUCCUUCGCGUUCUACCCAGCUACCCUCAUACCCCCUUUGAACCCUGCUAAAACUCAAAACGAAGUUCUUCGCGUUCUCAGCGCUCUUGUUCAGCUCUGUCCGACCGUCCGGGAGCUGGAGAUUUUUCCGGAGUAUGCAGAAGAUGUUGUGGUGGCUACCCGGGGUUUUGCCCGUGACUGCCCUCGCCUGGAGGGCUACCAGGUCAACACCGUAGAGCACCCGCCAAUCGACUGGGAUUUCCUCAAGUACCUCGCCGAAAAGCCAGAACUGCGGAAAUUCAUGCUCACUGUCAGCUCAGAGACGGCCGAGUACCUCCCCAUCCUCUCGUCCCCACCAAUAUACCACCCCUUCCCGUCGCUGCAAGUACUAGAGAUAAGAAUUCCCCGCCUGCCCCUCUGCAUCCCUCUCUUCGCGGCCAUGCAACACUGUCGUCUUUUCAGUCUACUCCUCGAGGUCGAAUACCAGCCGUCGGCAGCGGACGUUGUCAACUUGUUCGACACGCUCCGCACGCACUGUGCUAAGCACACGUUGCACGUGUUCCGUGUCGAUCAGCGCAUGCUGAUUCUUGAAGAAGACGUGUUCCCACCACACAAGGAAGACCACUUGGUCGACAUCGUGGUUCUGUCGAUGAUGUUCUACUUCCCAAACUUACGCGUCUUCGUACUCUGCCUUCCCCUCUAUGGAUGGCUCACCGACGAGGACCUCCGUGCUGUCGGUAUCGCGUGGCCCGGACUCAUCGUGUUCUCCUUCGGCGAGACGUUUGGUAACCCUGGAGUUAUCGUUCCGGCUACCUGGGAAGGCCUCGCGUCUCUCGUCAGCUUAUGCCCUUUGCUAACCCACCUGAACCUCGUCUUUGACACGACCCGCAACCUCGACGUGGCAUACGCCUACACUUCUCGGCCCGGUACCCAACUCCGGUAUAUCGACAUCAUCGACUCCAUCCUCCCAGAGGACCCGGGGGUCUUUGCGCGCGCGCUGUUUUCAAUCGCGCCUCGUAUUGUCUCGUUCAAGCUGUUCGAACACGGCGUGCGGUGGGAUCCGCACAGUGAUCCGAAUGCGCCGUUGUCCUACGACCCGUACGCCUACCGUAAUCAGGUAGACAUGAUAAUGUGCCGACUACGACGCGAGCACUUUGGUGAAGAAUACACGGCGGACAUCAUUGGCGCGAAGGAAAUAGAUGAAGCCCUGGAUAGCCAGCCCCAGGAAUGGAAUCCGCGGUCUCAACGCUGAUGGUGGAAAUCCGGGUAGCACGAGCCUGUUCUUGCGAAGAGUCUACCCCGAUCGUGAAUACCACACAGUGCACUUCGUCGGUGGGCUGCCGUACGUCCUAACGUUCCGGGAAAAGGCCGCGUACCGUAGUCACAGAACCGUAUCCACCACUAUGAGUCGGAGCAUUAUUACGUAAAUAGAUGGGCUUACCGCUGCAUCGCCUUCAUCAGCCGCUGUUAACACUUUGGUUCGUUCUGUACCGUCAUCUUACCUCCGGCCUUUUUCCAC